GCGUCGCUUGAAGACGAGACGUUCCGAGAACCAACAAGCGUCGGGAGGGAGGCAGCCGGUAGCUACGAUUCACCGGCUCGUACGAGCGCAGUUGUCCCCCGCAAAGGUUCGCGAGGCGUCGGGGGCAAUGAGGGGGCUCUUCCCGCUGUACCGGGGCCUCUGCUCCGGGGGCACAUGGCACGCCAGGACGAACGCUGCGGUUGUCGGUUCUCGCUGCGGGUUUUGCGGAACUAAUAGCAAGCCACAGCCACAGUUCGGUUUGCUGCUGGACAUUGACGGAGUGUUGCUGCGGGGAAGGAUGCUUAUCCCGGCUGCGAAGAAGGCCUUUCAGAAGUUGGUGCAUCCUGGAGGAGACUUUGUGGUGCCCUUGGUCUUUGUCACCAACGCUGGGAACUGUCUGAGACAGAAGAAGGCAGACCAGUUGUCACACAUCCUGGGAGUACCAGUGAGCCAGGACCAGGUCAUCAUGUCUCACAGUCCACUGAGGAUGUUCAAGAAGUUCCAUGACAAGUGUGUCUUGGUGUCCGGACAAGGACCGGUUCUGGAAAUUGCUAAAAAUCUGGGCUUCAAGAACGUCAUCAGUGUGGACAUGCUGAGGGAGUCCUUCCCACUUCUGGACAUGGUGGACCACAACCGCAGACCCAAACUGCCGGCCAGUCCUGUCGGAAAACUUCCCAAGGUUGAAGCGGUGGUUCUGUUCGGGGAGCCCAUCCGAUGGGAGACCAACCUGCAGCUCAUCAUCGAUGUUCUGCUGACCGACGGCAAUCUGAGCAGCGGUCAUCAAAGUUCGAGGUCCCACCUUCCCUUGCUAGCCUGCAACAUGGACCUGAUGUGGAUGGCAGAGGCUCAGUCUCCCAGGUUUGGUCACGGCACCUUCCUGGUGUGCUUGGAGAACAUCUACAAGAAGAUUACUGGCCAAGAACUCAAAUACGAGGCUCUGAUGGGAAAACCAAGCGAGCUGACUUACCAUUUUGCUGAGUACCUCAUCCGAGGACAGGCUGUGCAGAAACAGUGGCAACUUCCUGUCACCUCCCUCUACGCUAUAGGAGACAACCUGAUGACGGACAUCUACGGGGCCAACCUGUAUAACCGCUACCUGGAGGAGCGAGCGGUGAGGAAGAAGCCCAUAGCCGUGGCCAAGCUGGGCGGCAGCACCAGCACCAGCACCAGCACCAGCGUGCCCACAGAGGAGGAGCUGGCCCUGCCCGCCGCCACGUCCUGCCAGUCGGUGCUGGUGUGCACGGGCGUCUUCAAGCCGCCGACGGACGCCAGCCGCCGCGUCCAGGAAGACGCGUUCCACGGACAUCGAGACUUUGGCUUCGACCCGGCGCUGGUAGAACCCAAGCACAUCGUGCAGGACGUGGAUCAAGCUGUGGACGCCAUCUUCCAGCAGGAGAACUUUGUGCCUUAGAAACUCACUUCCACCGACCUUUGAGCAGUGCACUUCUAUGCAUGGUCAGGGGAUUUGGACCAACAACUGCAAUAUUUGAGUCAUUUGCUGCCAAACCUACUUUUAGACGUCAUCAGUGUUGACUGACUGCAAAUACUGUGCAAGAAAAUACAAUUUUUUUUAAAAAUGGGAAGCAAUUACGGGAGUCAUUUCGAGGCAACUAUGACACCUUAGUGAGUGUGUGGCACACUCACUAGCUGCAGUGAAACUGUUACACUUUUAUCCGGUUGUUAACUUGCAGAAAUGACUAGUUAUGAAAACGUGUUUUUAGAGAACAUCAUGUCAAAUAUUCAACAAGAAAAUACUGUAAGGUCGUUCAAUUGUUGCAUCCAGAUGCAUGAUGGGAUGCAAACCACACCCAACUGUGAUGGUCCAACACAAAUAGAACCACACAAAACAACAAUACUGCAAUGCCUUAUGGAGCAAUAUGUUGUGUGUGUGUGUAACCUUAAGAUACAACUGUGACUGUGAAACAUGAAACCUUAUCGGUCAACUUUCCGUGUUUGUCGCCAUUGUUUAUCGAAGUGAAGAAAAGAAAAGUGGAAUCAUUCCAUUUAAUGACACCAAACAUAAUAAAUGUUGUUUUCUCCUUC